AAUCUUAUUCAGUUAUUAAUAUAGAAAUGGGGCGAUUUAAGUUAUGUGCUUCGCCGAGAAAGGUAUUUACAAAUGUUCUACGAAUGUAUGUAUUUAAAAAUGUUGUAAAUUUUCAGGUUAUGAAGUACGAAGACUUUAUAAAACGCAUUCGAAAAAGCCUCUACUAUGGCGUUGGAACACCAGACACUGAAAUGUCGGUCUCCUUACCCUUUGCGGAGUACGCGGCAGAUUUGUUUUCGGAGACUCACCGCGGGCAUUCUUUGCAUCGCCUAAGUUGCGUAUCUGCUGCACAAGUACAUGCCACGCCUUGCUCUUUAAUUAUGGCAUUAAUAUACCUCGAUCGCUUAAACGACAUCAACUCGGGCUAUAGCAGCAGAAUUACACCACACCAGCUGUUUGUUGUGUCACUAAUGAUUUCCACAAAAUUCUACGCGGGCCACGACGAACGGUUCUAUCUGGAAGACUGGGCCAGUGACGCUAGUAUGACGGAAGAUAGGCUCAAGGCAGUCGAGCUCGAAUUUCUUUCCGCUAUGGGUUGGAAUAUAUACAUUUCCAAUGAGCUUUUCUUCAAUAAGUUAAGAAACGUUGAACGUUCUUUGGCUGAACAGCAGGGACUGCGUAGAGGGUGGCUCACAUACAGUGAGCUCGUGCAUUUGCUGCCUAGCCUUGGAUGGACGAAAUUCCUCGUAAACAGCCUGUCUGUACUAUCUCUAAGCUAUGCAGCAAGUAUUAUAACGUUAGCCGGAGCUUUUUUUAUUGCCAGCCAAGUUCCCGGUACGUUAUGGCAUCGGAAUGUGGAAACUGCCUCAGACUUCACCAUGACAAUUAGCAGUCAGGUAUCUGUUUCGAAUGGAUUAGAGUCCACACCUUUCAUUAAUGUCAAAGUAUCUUCAUUUUUACGUAAAACGAGUAACAUAAAAGUUGAAUUGAUGAAUCUUGAGAAGCCAAGCUGCGCCGAGGCAAGACUGAAUAAAAUUGAAUAUGAGUAUCCGCGCCAUCAACCAGUACCUACGCUAUCAUUCAUAAGCACCUGUCCACAACUUGAUUUAUUGUAUGCUCAAGAUGGAACAAGGAAUUGGCUUAAUAUUAAAUCGCCUAACACCAACUAUAAAAACAACAGAAACCUUUCAAUAACAGUUAGAACCGUACAACUAGAAGAGCAAAAGGCUGAAAAUGUUUCCGUUAUUUGGCAAACCAACACCGAAGCAAUGCAGUAAUUGGUUUUACCGCAAAACUAAUGAUCUAUAAUAUAUAUAUAUAUAUAUAUAUAUAUAUAUAUAUAUAUAUAAUAUCAAUAUAAUAAUAUUGAUAAUAAAAUAACCAAGCGUACAAGUAACAUAACAUACAUAACAGUAAUACGAAACUGACUGCUUUCAUUUCUUCACGGAACUAAUGUUCGCUGGCUUAACCAAACUGUUAUGAAAACUAUAAUAGCACAUUAUUAUAUUUGCUCUAAAGGUGGAUACUUUUGAAAACUUCCUAUUGUUAAGGUGAAAUGGACGAAAUAAGUUAGAUUGUUCUAUAUUAUAUUAAAAUAAAAUGUG